GCCAGCAAGCCGAAGCCCCGCUCAGACGCUCCCCGAUGGCAGCCCCGCCAACCACCCGCUCCUUCAGCCGCGCCGAGCUGCGCGCCGGCUGCGCCCAGGGCUCCUGCCUGGUGCUGACCGGCCGCCGCCUCUACGACCUCAGCGACUUCGCGCGCCUCCACCCGGGCGGGCAGCAGGUGCUGCUGGAGCGCGCUGGCACCGACGUGAGCGCCGCGCUGGACGGCCCGCCGCACCGGCACUCGGCCAACGCGCGCCGGUGGCUCCAGCAGUACUACCUGGGCGAGCUGGAGUCCGACGGGGACGCCGAGCAGACAUGCACAAAGACGCCAAACUCCACCACUUCAGAAGCCUCAGGUCCUGUCAUGUCCGGGAAACUUAAAUUUGCAUCUAUCAAUGGAGAUAAGGACCUGGUGGACUGGGGAAAGCCUAUGCUUUGGCAAGUGGGCCACCUGCGCGAGAAGUACGAUGAAUGGGUGCACCAGCCAGUGGAUCGGCCGAUUCGCCUCUUCCAUUCAGAUCUCGUGGAGUUCUUCUCCAGGACAACAUGGUACACUGUCUGUAUAUUCUGGCUACCGGUGGUGUUUUUCCUCGGCUGGCAUUGCUACACCACCCUUGCCCAGGGCAAAACCCAGCUGUUUUCCUCCUUCACAUCAGCCUACGCCAUUCCUGUCCACAAGAACUGCUUCCCGUUGCUCUUUGCCUUGGGCAUAUUCAUCUGGUCCCUGCUGGAGUAUCUCAUCCAUCGCUUCAUCUUCCACAUGAACCCUCCAGCCAGCAACUACUACCUGAUCACCUUGCAUUUUCUCAUGCACGGCCAGCAUCAUAAGUCCCCCUUCGACAGCUCCCGCCUGGUCUUCCCACCUGUGCCAGCUUCCCUGCUCUUCUUCGUGUUCUACUUUAUUGCUCAGCUGGUUUUCCCUGGAGAAUUUGGGCUCUCCAUCCUGUGCGGGGGAAUCGUGGGCUACGUUAUUUAUGACAUGAUGCAUUAUUACUUGCACUACGGCUCACCCAAAGAAGGCACCUACCUCUACGGUCUGAAGACCUAUCACAUCAAACACCACUUCGAACACCAGGAAGCAGGCUUUGGGAUUACCAGCCGAUUCUGGGAUCGUCCCUUCCACACGCUGAUUCCAGAAGAAAACAACAAGAGCGACUAGCACCCAGCGUUCCUGCUCGGCCCCUUGUGCUGCAGGGAGAGUCCUGGCAGCUGUCAUCGGUGGAACUUUGGAGGGCCUGGAACAGCUUUCGGACUUGGGCCAGGGAGAGAACUGAGUCUCCUUUCCCUUGCUGCUUUGGGGCCUUAUUUGGGGGGGGUUCUCAGGGGCCAAGAGUGCCUUAAGACAUCCUGGAGCUGUGAAGAAGCAAAUGCUGGGGAGAAGCAAAUGCUUAGCAUCAUAGUCAGGGAAGGAUGUCAUAGCAGAAAUCCUGCUCAGCUUUAUUUCCUUUUACUUAGGGUGUAAUUUUAUUAAAUAUUUUUUUUCUUAAAAAGAAAGAACACGAAAGCUAAUGCAAACUAAUAUAAAGUGAGAAAAGGAAGAGAGCAACGAAGAAAUCAAAGAGAAAGCUAAACGUGCAAGAAAAGGGAAAAGAAAAAUAGGAAAAAAAAUUCAAAGAGGUAGUUUCUGAUCUAUUUUACAGCUGUUAUAAGUACGAUUAUAAAACUUAUUCUGUGGUUACGACAUAACUCUUCUCUCUAUAAUGUAUCCUAAUCAUCCAAACCAUACAUCGUAAGUUCAUUUUCCCCUCUAUUUUACACAGAAAGUCCAUAAGGGCUUUCCAGCUAGCAAUAAACAUAGAUAAUGUCUUUUCUGUGAUUGAAGAAAUCAAUUUAGCCAUCUUAACAACUUCCAUCACCUUCACCAGCCAUUCCUCCAUUAAGGAAUAGUGCCAAAUCUUUCUGCUUUUGCACCUAUUGCUCAGCUCCCUUUCCAAGCACCCAAAUCUUAUUUUGUCACAAAAAUAGAUUGAAUCUAUCCAUAUAACAUCUAAGCAGAUCUUGUGGGAGAACAUGACUCACCAGGGUUUCCCGGUUCUUAGAUGUUCUGGUUUCUGGUGCUGUGUUUUUUGGGCGAAAGAAAGGGUGUUAGAAAAAGAGGAACCCUCCAGGUGACUGUGGUUUAACCAUCUACGUCGAUACACUUGGGAGAACAUAGAAUAUAGAGUAAUACGUCACAUGAAGUGAUGGUACCACUUUAUAUUGCACUGGUGACACCACAGUUAGAAUACUUGCAUCCAGUUUUGGUCACCACAAUG